AUUGCCUAGCAACAGAACAAAUGCUUGGUUUUAUUUAGCGAUGGCCACAGUCUGCAGCUUCAGCUUCAGCCCCCAUUUUUACCCCCAUUAGCCCAGUUCACCCUGAGUCUUUCCCAUAGGCCCUUUUUAUAUAUGCAAAUCAAAGAAGGCACACUGCCAACAGGUUACAUGGGGAUGGAGGGGAGCAGGACUCAUGCUCAUAAGUUAAUGUUUAUGACCUUGAGUAUAAAAGCUGAAUCAGAGUGUUUCUGGCCUUGACUUAACAUAACAUAAUUGGUUUCUAGCCCUAGCUGCACAUUAGAAACAUAACAGCUUGCCGGAAGUCUCAGCUAGGUAACCUAACUACAGCCAUUUUGGGGCCUAGCCCAACACUGACCUAAAUUAAGUAAAAAUUAGAGCUCUUUCAACCCCAUUUCUGAGGUUUAUAAUAGCCCUAAAGGCCUGAGACCACAGGAGCACUAGAUGUGAGAUUUGGAGAUGAGUGAUCACCUUCUUACCUAUUUCAGAUAUGAGUGUACCUUGAACUUCUCUGCGUGUCAAAUAACAAUGACUUCUGUUACUUUCUGUAUCAUAUUAUUAUUUUUUUUAUAGUGCUGAGCAUUGAACCCAGGGCUGUGUGCAUGUGAGACAAGCACCCUAUCAACUAAGCUAUAUCCCAGCCCCAUAUUACUAAAUUUUGAGCAUAGUCACCAGGGUUUCAAAACUAAAAGUUCAAGUUUUAUCUUUGCAAGUAGAAUGACUGGCAAAAAAAAAAAAAAGGUGUAAAAUUUUAUUUUACAUGAAUUGAUUAAUUAUUUUUAUACAAUCUUAUAUUUGAAGGGCCUUUAUAAGGUCUUUUUAAAGGUCUUAAAGAUAAUGAAGUGGAGAUGUUAAGGAUUUCUCCAAAGUCACACAGAACUGGAACCUGGCCUUUCUAACUGACCUCACUCAGUGGUGGAGGUCAGAAGCACUGCAUUGCUUCUCUUGCAUUUGGCUUACAUUAGAAAUCUACUACAGGAUGCUGGCCACUUCUGGCUUAGCCACUACAGGAUGCUGGCCACUUCUGGCUAACACUGCCUACUGCCACUAGAGCUUACAGACAAGUAUACAAAGCAAGUGUAUAGCACAAGUAUAAUGCACCUGCUGCCACUAGAGUUUGUGGACAAGUGUAUAGGAUCAAGAAUUCAUAUUGUGAUGAAUGAUAAGGAAAUUGAUGGAACUCUUCUAGGAUUAACUGUCAAUAUGGUGCUGUAAGAUGUCACUGAGUUUGACAUAGAAGGAAAAAGGAUUACUAAAUCUGAUAAGAUUUUGCUUAAUGGAAAGAAUAUAACAAUGUUGGUUCCUGAAGGAGAGGGACCUGAAGGAUGAAUGAUUUUCCUUGACUUAUACUAGAUUCCAUUUUGUUUUAUAAUAGAUUUUUUAAAAUCUUGAGUAUUUUAAAAAUAUAUAUUUUUUAAAUCUUUUAAUGUUUAGGUUCUCUAAGGAUAAUUUUUCCCAUUAAAGGGAAAUACUUUCAAGAUAUAUUGUAUGACCAAAUUUCUAAAUUAAUCAUAAUUAUCUUGGAAAAAGAAGAAAUUAAUUCAGUUCCUUUUUUUUGUAGUUGUAGAUGGACAGAAUGCCUUUAUUUUAUUUGUUUAUUUUUAUGUAGUGCUGAGGAUAGAACCCAGUGCCUCACACGUGCAAGGCAAGUGCUCUGCCACUGAGCUAUAGCCCCAGCCCUGUGAGUUUGGUUUUUUGAAGACUAAAAGGUAAAGCCUUUUUGGUUGGAAAAAAAAAGAAAAAAGAAACCUUCUUCAGAAUAUCUGUAUGGAGAAACUAAUAGAGGCGAAGAUACUUAGCAAAGGAUAAAGCCCUAAUGAGGUAUUUUGCUACUUUACUAUUAGUAAGAAGCCAGAUGUACAGUAGCCACAAAAUUCCAUUGUUAUAUCAACCAUCAUAAAUUUAAAGUUGCAAGAACUUCCAGAAUUUACUCCAAAAAUGCAUGUUUAAGUAUCUCGACAACUUAAUAUUGGUUUUCUACAAUCCAAGAAACGGGAAAGGGUGCUGCUGAAAAAUUAGAAGUAUGAGAAUUUAAUUGCUGAAUGGCAAUGAAAAAAAAAUCUACUGAAGAAAGUUUAGAAAUAAAAUUCAUAUUGUAACUGAAUCCUAUUCUAAUAUUAGGUAGUAAAUCAUGAACAACACAUUUCCCUGUUACUCAAACAUAUUAUUUACAUUCAGUCAUGGUGUUGCCUAAUCCAUCCAAGGAAGUUUGCAGGUAAAACUACGUUUAUGCUAUAAUGAAAAACACAGGUACGAUAAUUAAACCAAAUUUCUAUUGGACCUUGAAAAAUAAGCCUAAGAACUACUAAGAAAAAAGUUCAAGUUUUAAACUUGGGAAUAUGUCUAUGUAAAUUGUUCUUCUUCCAUAAACAUAAUUAAAACGUUAUAUUUCGUUGUAUCACCAAAUUGUAUGAUCAGAUGGGAAAAGCCUGGGGGAGCACUCAAAGGACCCCAAACUACAAUAUCAUCUAACUUCAAUAAAUUUCUAACUUUUGUAGGUAGGACUUGCUGUUUUAUGUUUAGUUUCUGUCUAUGAAAUUGCAUGCUGGUAGUGAUCUUGAACCUUUUUUCUGCAACUCUUAAUUCUUCUAUCCACUAAUAAACAUCUUUGGGGUUCUGCUUGUCUUUAUCAUUAGUUUUAUAGUAGCAGGCUAGAUGGAUUACAAAGCCAUUGAAGAAGACCAUGAUCCUAAAAAGUAUGCUGGAGAAAGAUGACCAUUAACUGACUUAGCCAUACAGAGCCUUGGACUCUGUCUCAGUUAAUGGCUUAAAAAUUAUAAAUAAUAAAAGUUGGACUGGGGUUGUAGCUCAGUGGUAGAUCACUUACCUUGCAUGUGUGAGGCACUGGGUUUGAAUCUCAGCACCACAUAAAAAUAAAGAUAUUGCAUCCAUCUAUGACUAAGAAAAAAAUUUUAAAAUAAAUAAAUAAAUAAAUAAAAGCUACUUGGAUAUAUGUGCUUCAGUCUUUAAAUGGAGAAAUGUAUCAGAAGCAUACAUGAGAGACAAGAAACGUACUCAAGUAGUAUAGGUGGAAAUGUAAGUUGACACAAUCUAAAAGGCAAUUUUUAAACAUUUACAAGCACACACAGAGAUGACUUUUGACUCAGCAAUCCCACUUCUAGAGAUUUGAUCUAAAAAAUUGUAAAAAUCCCAAAAACUAUCCCUCUAGAAAUAUUCACUAACGCUUUACUUAUAACAAAAAACCCAUAAACAAUUUAAAUAUCCAUUAAUAAGCAAACAUAAGUAAACACAUUGUGUUACUAUGCAGGCAUUAAGAUGAUAGGGAAGAUGUAAACUAAUAUGGAAGGAUGCCAAUAUUAUAAGAAACAAGAUGCAGAAUAGU